UCACGGAUACUACGUCCAUAUUUUUUACCGUCUAUGGUCAGGGCUCAGCUGUAGGUUCAGGCUCGCUCUUCCUUCCAGUCCGGAGCAAAACGACAACGUUUGGAUCGACUUCCUUGACAGUGCAACCUGUUAACCAGCAUCAUGGUGAACUGCUGUGGUCUGCUUACUGUACAAAAGGAACCAGUUCCUUUGAAGAGUGUGGAUGUGGAGCUGGAGGUGAGGGACCAUGUAGCUACUGUUGUCUCCACUCUGAACUAUGAGAACAAGGAAGACAAACCACUAGAGGCUGUUUUUGUCUUCCCUCUGCCUGGAGAUGCUGCUGUCUGUCACUUUAGUGCUAAGCUCAGACAGACGCAGAUUGUUGCUGAGGUCAAAGAGAAACAGAAGGCGCGUGAGGACUAUGAUGAUGCUUUGAGCUCGGGUCAACAGGCCUUCCUUUUGGAGGAGAGUGAGCAAAGUCCAGAUAUAUUCUCUAUGAGUGUGGGCUGUCUUCCACCAGGAGAGAGUGCCUCAAUCAGACUGGAGUAUGUCACUGAGCUAAGUGUGCAGGCUGAUGAUGGGCUGAGGUUCUGUCUUCCUGCUGUGCUCAACCCUCGUUACCAACCUCAAGGAAGUGGAGGUAGUGGAAGUGGCAACACCCAAGUAACCUCAACUCCAGCAUCUUUGGUGCCCUACACUCUGUCUUUCUCUGCCCAAGUAUCCUCUCCUCGUCCUGUGUCCAGAAUAGAGUCCAGCUGUUCCCUUGAUCCUCUUCAGUACCUCAAUUCAGAGCAAACCAAAGCCACGAUCAAGUUGGCUGCUGGACACAAGUUUGACAGAGAUGUUGAACUUCUGAUUUAUUACAAAGAUGCCCACCAGCCCACCGCUGUGGUGGAGACAGGAGAAACCUCUGCAAAGCUUGGCACUCUGAUGGGUGAUCCAGUGGUGAUGCUGAGUCUGUACCCAGAGUUCCCUCAGGCUGUGAUGUCUUCAGUCGCCUCAUGUGGAGAGUUUGUGUUCUUACUGGAUCGAUCUGGUAGUAUGGAUCAAUCUAUGAACAACAGCAAGACUAACCAGACUCGCAUUAGCAGCGCCAGGGAUACUCUACUUCUCCUGUUGAAGAGCUUACCAAUGGGCUGCUAUUUCAAUAUCUACAGUUUUGGUUCCUCCUAUGAACACAUCUUCCCUAAGAGUGUGGAGUACAGCCAGCAGACUAUGGAAGAAGCUUUGAAGAAAGUUGGGGAGAUGGGGUCUAAUCUGGGAGGAACAGAGAUCCUUGGGCCACUUCAACACAUUUACAACCAGCCCUGCAUUCAAAAUCAACCAAGACAAGUAUUUGUCUUUACUGACGGAGAAGUGGGGAACACCAAACAAGUUAUAGACCUGGCAAAGCAGAAUUCACAUGCCCACAGAUGUUUCUCUUUUGGGAUUGGAGAGGGGGCCAGCUCUGCUCUAAUCAAUGGGCUGGCCAAGGAAGGAGGAGGUCAUGCUCAGUUCAUUACAGGGACUGACAGAAUGCAACCCAAAGUGAUGCAAUCCUUGCAAUAUGCUCUGCAACCAGCUGUGGUGGACAUCUCAGUCACAUGGGAUAUGCCAAAGGAUGUGUCUGUCACUGUCCUCUCUCCACCAAUCACAGCACUUUUCCAGGGUCAAAGGUCACUGGUUUAUGCUAGACUCUCUGGACAGAUUUCAGAAGCAGCAGAGGGAUGUGUUGCAGUGAAAUACAGCCUGGCAGGUCAUCCCACACAGAACCAGCUCCAGUUCAGUCUGAAACCUGCAGAGGAUACUGGAUUGACAGUCCACAGGUUGGCUGCUAGGACUCUGAUUCGCUGCCUGGAGAUGGAGCAAGACCCAUUCCUACCGCCGGACGAAAGUAUGAGAAACAAGGUGGUGGAGCUCAGUGUGCAAUCUGGAGUGAGCAGUGCCUUCACUGCCUUUAUCGCUGUCAACAAAGACAAUGGCGAGGCGAUACAGGGACCACUAGUGCGAAGAAAUGUUCCAACGCCCGGGUAUUUGCCAAAUGGACAGGUCAAAUAUUAUUCUCUAGUUAGUUUUGGAAAGACGAAAUCUAAAUCUCGCGGCUCAGGGUUCUUUGGUUCCUUGCUAAGGAAUUUUAAGAGAGGAGGGAAGAAAUCUCAAUCUGAAGAGUGCGGACCCUGUCAGCCCUCCAUGGACCCUUUGCUUCAGGUGGUCUCCCUUCAGAAGGCGCCUGGCUCCUGGGACCUAGCUCCAGCUCUGGCUACGGCUCUUGGAAAGACCAGUGAAGAGAUGGAAAAGCCAAAGCCUGCAUCGGUGAACCAGGAAGUAUGGGCCACCAUUCUGUCUCUGAUCUGGCUUCAUGGUUUCAAGAUAGACGCCCAGGAAGAGUGGGAGCUUCUGGCUAGGAAAGCUGUGUCGUGGGUCUGUGCACAGAACUCACCAUGUGUGAACGAGUGUGUGGAAGCUGGAAAUGCACUUUUGGGAUGUCAAGUACAGAAAGAUGCCUUGGGGCUCUGAGGUUUUCAAAACUGGCUUCAAGACUGACACUGAUAAGGAAUUAAAUCAUGUCACACUUGCAAACAAACCAAUUCUGCAGCUUGCACUUAAUCAAAAUUGCACUAAGAUAGCUGUGCACCUAUAAGUACAAUGUGCACUAUAUCACUUCAUUUACAAGGGAUCAGGUUAUUUUUCUUGCUUGGUUGAUUUUCUGCUUUUUGAGUUGUUUGAGAGGAAGUAUGAUAAUCCAGACAUAAAGUAUCAAAGCUGCACCUGAAGUACGACUGGCAAAAAAAUCAAAGACUAAGUGAAUUAGCAAAUAAAGGCUUGUACUAUUUCUGAUACAACAUUAGUCACAAGACGAUCCACUAUAAUUACAUCUGUGUAUUCCACUAAAUUAGUUAUCAAGCUGGAUGUAUUCUUAUGGACUUUUGCGCACUUUAAGAUUUACUAAACUGACUUAGGUCUGGUGAAGUCAAAUGAACUUAUGCACUAAAUGAAAAUGGAAAUAAAAACAUAACUCCAAAUGUUAA